AUGGACCUCCACUUAUUCCUCACGGCUCUGGAAACCUGUGAGACAGCCUGGUUCGACGAAGGGGACGUUUCCAGAGACGGGGACUCCGAGCUCUUGGCUGACCUGAGAAGGAGGCACCGGACACGGAUCUGCUCCGGUCCAGUGGACAUGGAGGCCGAGACCGUGUCUGGACUCAAGUCCCAGCACACGGGGGACAACUUCCACAUUUUCAGUGCAUCACGGGGUCUUUUAUGCCUCAACUCAGAACAGACGUGGAAACAGUGUGAGGACUACAAGGUCAAGUUCACCUGCACCGGACGCUUCUGCUCAGAGUGCAGGACGCGCUGGUUCGACCAUGAUGACCCAACAGGAAACGGAGACUAUGAGGUCCUCAGUGACCUUCUCAGAAUCUACCCCAGAGAAAUCUGCCGGCAGCCGAUCGCCAUCGAGGUCCAGACCGUCUCUGGGGAACCGGCCUCCAACACGACUGACACUCUCUUAAAUUACGACGCCACCUACGGGUUCGCCUGCGUAAAUGCAGAUCAGGGGAGCAGGAGUUGUGAGGAUUACAAAGUCAGGUUCACGUGUCCGGAGGAGUUCUGUGAAGUGUCGCAGCGGUGUCGAACACAGUGGCUGAACAGUGACGACCCAUCAGACGUUGGGGAUGUUGAGUCCAUGCCUCAGCUGCUGAAAACCUUCCCAGGUCAAGUGUGUAAGAACCCAAUCAGCAUCGAGGCCCAAACCACGAGAGGGAUUUCCGCCCAUCACACCGGAGACACCUUCCUGUCCUACGACGUAACGUUUGGGUUCGUGUGCAUCAACGACAAACAGAGGAGUAAACAAUGUGAGGAUUAUCAGGUGGUGCUGACCUGUCCUCCGGACUUCUGUCAGGGUUGCAGGACGCGCUGGUUCGACGUGGACAAUCCCACGGGGAAAGGAGACUACGAGACACUCCUCCAGCUGCAGAUGCUCUAUCCCAGUGAGGUGUGCAACCAGACAGUGGCCAUCGAAGCCAUGACGCUGUCUGAUGUCCCUGCACACGAGACGGGGGACGUCCUUCAAGUGUAUGAUGCCACUCGUGGUUUUUCCUGUGUGAACGCUGAGCAGCCUGAUGGGAAACGUUGUCAAGACUACAAGGUCCGCCUCACAUGCCCGAUGAGUUUCUGCACAGAUCAUGUCUAAUGAUGCAUUUAGUGUCGGUGGAGGAUGUGUAGUAACAGAUGGAAGAUUUUCAAAUCAUCUUUUCUUGAAGGAUUCCUCAUAUAUAUUUUUCUUUUACUAAUUCAGGUUACUAGAUAAACUUGUGGUAAAGAAAAUAUAUUUAGUCUGUGAAGUAUUUUUAUUUCAGAGCUCACAUGCCUGCAUGGACGUCGAACAUGUAAAAUUACUUUUUCACAUCCAGACUUGACUGAGCAGAAAUGUUUUGGAAUAAAACCUGGAAAUCAGCAGCUAGUAGGUCAACACCUAUUGGUUACAACAAGAAACGCAAGAAUUAACAUGAUUACUGUAAACAUCACAUGAUGAUGUGGACAAAUCUUUAUUUGUAGAUGAAACACAUUUUAAAAUGUAAUAAAAUCCUCUCAGGCAUAUUUCUUUUCUGAUC